AUGGCCAACAAAUCAAACAAGAAGAAGACUUCUCCAAGCAAUGAGUCGACUAUAAUGGAUAGCAAUACUCAAUCAGAGGGUCCGCCACAACCGCCACCACCACCACCACCACCACCAGGUCACUCUUCUUCCAAGCCGCCUCAUGAGCAUCCUGCAGCUUCGCUCAACUCUACCUACUUCUUGAUUCAAACACUACCGGACAACCUACGAGGAUUCCUCGAUCACGAUUAUGAAAAUAAAAAGGAAUCUUACAAAUGUAUUGAUUACUACCAAAUCUUGACUCACUUCGAUCCGGCAACAAAAUCUCGCCCCAACCACAAGAAGGCCAAGUUGAUUGACGAGUUCUUGGUGAAAGUUCUGCCUCUCAUCAAGCCGUACCAACUGCCUGUGCCACCGUUACCGAUGCAGACUGAACGGACUACACCGAGGGACUUCAACCCACUCUCUCGAAGAGUUUGUCGACAGGAUCUUGCAAACGUUAUCUGGGAAUCCGAUUCGUCUGUUGUUAUACCUAAGGCAGCAACAUCAAAGGGUCUACUUCAUCUGUAUAAAGAGCACGUCGACAAAGAUCUCCGGAUCCCUGGAGACACCAAAUACAUCAGCUCUCCCAAAGUUGUUAAACGCCUUGAAGUCAAGAGCCUUCUCAUGGAAGAGCUUCGACUUAGCUUACAAGAUCACGCUCCACAUUUCUUCAUUCACUCCAUUCCAAUGACUCACACUGUCCUUGUAAACCUCUACAUAAAAUUUGUUCUCGAAGAAUCUGUCCAACCUGGACUCUUGUCCAAAGUUUCUUCAUCCGUUUUGAAUCCUUCACUUUUUAGCCUUAUCGUUCCCCUGUUGUUGCUGGCCGAAUGA